AUGAAACGUUUUGUCUUAUUUCUAUUGAUAAUAUUUGCAAAUUUGGUGAAGAGCGAUAAAACUGAAUCAAGGGAUAUUGAGGAAGGCAGAGAUAAAGCAAAAUACGCGUUACUGAUGCAUUUCUUCUACGUUGUCGCAACAAAACUGUUCGUUCUGAAAAUCGUGUACGGCGUUAUUUUCUACGUGAUACUGACUAAAGCGUGGCACUUUGUGAUUUGGUUCAUCCAUUACUUGAAGGAGAAGAAAUCGCACGAGCAUUACGUAGAAUUUGAUCAUUACGAUCAUCAUGAUCACCACGGGUAUUACGAUCACCAACCAUACAGCAGUUACGAAUACACUAAGCCCAGUUAUGGUGUUAGUGAUAGUUACAAUAGAUUCAAAAAGCACGGCGUUUAUGACGCUGAUGGCUCAUAUUCCGUCAAAAAUUCGUAG